AUGACGUGGUUGGCCAUGCAUUUCGCAAGAGUCGGCAACUCGCCGUUGAUGGAGAAUCUGCGCAUCGGACUGGACCCGAGAUCAGGUCGAGUGACUGCUGCUGGUCUCGGUGAAGUCUCGCGAGGCGUCGACAGCCUUCGUAAAACAUUUUGCCCACAACAACGACGUCAGCGCAUUUUCUCCGCUGGUCAAACUGUCCGUAAUCUGGGCAGAGCGCAGGGUGAUUCCAACGGCGAAACCAUGGGACGCCAGGCGUCCUUGAGUCAAACACAAGAGGGUUUCGUCUCGGUCAUGGCAAUGAUGUGGGAGCGUAAGGCGAAUGCAGAAAAGAUGAUGUUGAGGCGGACUGGAGUGUUUGUAUUUCAACGAGAACAGCACGCCAUUCGAGGAAGCAACAGCGUGAGACGCCAAGCCCUACAGCAGGAAGCAGGAAGGCACAGUCUCGCCACGUGCAACGAACCGACUAUUUGGAUGAACAGGCGUUUCGGGCAUGGAUAUUUUUACACGUUCUGGAACCUCAAGAUUGGCUCUAUCAGCUAUUCGUCCUCUCCACCCAAACGCCAUCACAUCGGGACGUCGCUUCAGCCUGACUUCUCCAUGUCAUGCGGGCAAAGAGCUUCAAAGGGGGCCGCAUGA